UCAAGGUCGCAGAGCACAAGUGCACAGGUCAGCAUGAAGAAUUUCAUCACCGAUCUCUCGGAAUAAUAGCUUUUUUAGAUGGAAUUGAUUACUUUUGACCAUAAAUGAUUAUUGUGUUUACUUCAAGAGAUCCCGCUCGAGCUUUAAGCUUCCUUCUGGUUUCCGCAAAGUGGAUGAUAUGGCUGAGGAGCCUUCACGUAUGAAAAUCCGAGAUGAGGAUUCUUUGCGAUUUGUGCACUGCCUGUCAAGCCGAGACCCGGGGGUGAGGAACAGGGCGUUCGAUUCCAUCCUUCGGGUGUUCGAUGCCUUAAUAGGGGGCCAUGGUAGCCCUCCCGACAUGAAGGGAAUGGCCACCAUACACGGAGCUGUGGAUACGAAAGAGAUGAUUGAUGAAUACCUGGUGGACAUACUCCGGUUGUCCGUCCAGUGUCCGUUCGAAGAUGUGUUGGACAGAUGUAAAGAACUGUUAAGAGACAUGCAGGAGAGGACAUAUAAAAUUCCACGCGUGCUGAAAGGGGGAAUAAGUACAUUUGUUCCAGAGAGAGAGAUAAUACCAGCAAGCUCCAAAGACACAGAGACACAAGCCCUGUUUGUGGAUGCUUUCCUACAAAAUAAUCGGCUAGACCAUGUUGUUCAGCUUAUGGGGUACCAUCCACAAUACUUAGAAUGCUUUCUGAGGACCCAGCAGUAUCUGAUGAAAGGAGAUGGGGCCCUACCAUUCCAUUAUCGUCAUUACAUUGCUAUCAUGGCUGCCAGUCGCCAUAUGUGUACCUACCUGGUUCACCUCCAUGAACAGGAGUUCAUUCUGCAAGGUGGAGAUCCUGAAUGGUUGAAGGGAACAAGUCAUGUUCCCAAAAAACUCAGGGAUUUGAAUGAACUCAACAAGUUACUGGCCCACCGCCCAUGGCUAAUAUGCAAAUCACAUAUUGAGAAACUUGCAAGGUCAACAAACUCAAAAGACAACUGGUCGAUCAGUGAAUUGGUGCAAGCUUUGAUUCUGAUGGCACAUUUCCAUUCGCUUUGUUCUUUCGUUUACGGGUGUGGGAUUAAAUCAGAAAUUGAUCACAAUGGAGGAUUUACCUACAGACCUCAGUCCCCUGUAGAAAAAAAUUCAAAUGACUUUGAUUCUUCCGAUAGUUCUUCCACAAAUGGGGAUAUUAAUUCUGAACCUGAAGUAGGCAUAGAACUACUCAUGGAACGAAUGAAGAAAUUAGUGGAGGAGGGUGAAGAAGAAACAACGCAAGAGGAGCGAGUGAAGCGAUUUGAGAAAGUGGAAAGCCAAAGUGUUGAAAUUGCUGCAAACACAGUUCGACCAUCCCCGAAGGCAGAGGUCUUGAAAUAUGUAGAUGAUGCGGAAUACUGUUAUCAGGAUUUUGCUAAACGGGACUCGGUUGAAGACAUACCAACCUUUAGAGCAACAGAUUACAGUUGGGAAGAUCAUGGGUUCUCAUUAUCAAACCGAUUAUAUAUGGAUAUUGGUAAUCAAUUAGAGGACAAAUUCUCCGUAGCCACCAACAUGACCUACUACACAAUGGGGGAGGUGCGUGACGUGGAUACCACAGCAUUCCGUCGAGCUAUCUGGAGUUACAUUCACUGUUUGUAUGGCAUCAUGCAUGACGAUUACAACUAUGGUCAAGUGAAUCAGCUACUAGAAAGGAACCUCAAGGCAUACAUAAAGACAAUGACGUGUUAUCCAGAAAGACUGACUCGCAAAGACUACGACAAUGUCAUGAGGGAGUUUAAACAUUCAGAAAAGGUACACGUGAAUCUGAUGUUGCUGGAGGCACGGUUUCAAGCGGAACUUCUGUACGCAUUGCGGGGUGUGAUGCAGUUUAUGACGUGAUGUGAUCAAGACAUAAUAACAAGACUUGGAAUUGUUCUCCUGAAACACCAUGGAUGUGAAUAGCUAGAUAGAUAUAUGCAGAGGGGCGUUCCUUCAUUGAAGUUUCAAGUUGGAGAUGGGCAACCAGCCUUUUCUGAUUGGUCAGGAAUUUGCAGAAAGCCUUUUCUGAUUGGACAGGGACUGACAGUGGUGCAUGCACUGCUGAUGUGUUUGUGGGUAGUCAUGGUGACGACUGGAUGCAUCAGUAGUACAAUUUAAUGUGUCUGUGAUAAUGUCUUUCAUUUUAACUAAACCCAUUGUGGUGAAAAUAUAUGGACAUCGGUCAAACUAUUGAAUAUAAGUGGCAUGAAAGUUAAGGGGGUGUAUGAAUAUGUUGUAAAUGUUUUUUUAUGUUGUGUUAGAAAGUAGUCCAUUGUUUUAAAAGCAGUAGAUCAGAUCUACUUGUGGUGAAGGAGGGAGAGAAAAAGCGAGUCAGAGAAUAAGGAUAUACAUAGUUUAAUGAAGAGUUAAUAAAUGGAGCAAGAAAGAGGAUACACGAUAGUAUCUGUAGUGAACAACUUCAUAAUGUAUUCAUAUAAACAUGUUGGAUGUGCAAUUUAUGGAGUGCGGGAGAUGCUAUAAGCGUCUAUUCGUGAAGGAGAUUAUAGGAUGGUAAGGUACCCUUAUCAGGACUUACACAUGGUUGCACAAGUGGGGGGUGCUGGUGGGUAACACCUGUACAGUGUGUGACCAAAAGGAUGUGAGCCAGUUCGGGCAAGAAGUCAAAACGUCUUUCAAUAGGUGCUGCAGACCUAAGUAAUAUUGUAAACUGCUUAAAGCUAUACUCAUUUUAUAAUAUAUACCAUACUUUCAUAGUCUCCACAAUGUCGUAUUUUCUGUACAAAACACUGUUUAUCCACACACUUGUAAAAACCAAAGUCUCAUAUACUGUUGACAGCAUUACUAGUAACUUGUGUUACUGAAAUGGUGCGAAUUUGUUUGUUUCCAAACAAUACAUUCCACAGUGUUGUGAGAAUUGUCAUGCCUCAUACAAACCCUAUAUCCUAGUCAAUUUGACACUUCCUUUGUGUUUAGUAUACAUGUUUUCUCUUCUUGGUUUAUAAUUAUGUCGCUUGUUUGCAAAAUUUAGAAAAAAUGUACCAUAGCUAUGUUGGGGAACAAUAUCUAAACUCUAUUUUAGAACUUAAUCGAAAUUAUUUAAAGUUAAAUUCUUAAUUAAGUAAAACCUGAGGGAACAAAUGUACAAAUAUAUGGUAGGGUGAAACCUCGUUGAUUCAGCCAUCACUAACUAUAAUAUGGUUGUCUUAUUCUCUGGUCAAUGUUAUGGGGACAUAUAUUUCUCUUUCUCUAGUGUCCUAGUGAUUAAGUCAAUUCACCAUCCUAACAUUUAACUGGAAACACAAGUGUGUUUAUUAAUGAGGUAGACUGCAAAGGCAAACAAAAUAAUUCUUCGGUACACGUCUUUUAUUUCAAAAUCAAAAUAUUUAUUUUUUUCCCAAAAUUAGAGGUAAGUCAAAAAUCAUGAUAGUGCUACAAUCAAAAAUCAAAUUCACAUUUCAUUUGUAUUUUAAUUUGAAGUGCUGAUACAAACAAAUACGAUACAUAUUUUCCAGGACAGUUCUUGAGAUGCAUUGAUAUUGUUAUCACAGCUGCUGAUAAGUGAUAUAGUUAUUGAUAUAGGGCGACUCUUAGUGGGUAUGUACAUAGGCAUACAUAUAUUAUACAUGCACAUAGGUCUUGUUUCACAUACAUACCAGUAUGUAGUUAAAUCUGUUAUAUAUAUAAUACUUGGCUCGCCUUGUAACUUGUUAGUAAUAUUUAUACAAAUAUAGUGUUGAAAACCUUCUCCAACUUACUAAACCUGAUCAGGUAUAUUGAAACCCUAGAUCAGGUAGGGUUGUUUUGACUUGCUAAACCUGAUCAGGUAUAUUGAAACCCUUGAUCAGGUAGGGUUGUUUUCACUUUAUGUUGUUCCUCUAUUAAGCCAGUAAAUUAGGAAGUGUUCUUAGUUGAAGUUGUAAUGAAAGUUUGGUUAGCAUGACGAAACAUUGCCAAAUAAUUGAUUAAGCUAACCAGACCUACUACUACCCUACUCAUCGUAUACUGCUUUCAUCAUUUGCCAUUUCUAAUUCCUGUUUCCUUGUAACAUUGUGUAUGCGAUGGACAAUACAAUAUACAAAAGUAGUUCAAAAAGUGUCUAUAAGGAAAUCUUGACAAUACCCAUAUUUGCAGUAUGUGUGGUUUACAGAAGGUUGACCACGUUCAUCCUGAAAAAUUGCAAUAGAAAACGGAACAAUUUUCCGGUGAAUAUUUUUGUUUCAUUGGUGCAGAAUUUAGCUAUUCCAAAAAUAUUUUCUGUUUACAAGUUUCUGUAGUAUGUGCAGUAAUUAACAAGGGCUUCUAGAUCAAUGUUUACAUUUGUUGUACUUCUAGAUCAAUGUUUACAUUUGUUGUACUUCUAGAUCAAUGUUUACAUUUGUUGUACUAAAAGCUGUAAAUCUUUUGCCAUUCAGAAACAACUGUUAUUGAUGUUAUAUUUCCAGAUGUAUUUGACGAUGAAUUUUGACUUCUGUCACAUUGAUAUUGAUGACUUUGGGCCCUUCUUCAAGUGUAAACGUAUUGUUUAAUGAUAAAUACAUAUUGUCAAAUAGUGUUGUUAAGGCUAUAUGCUACCUUACUGUGCCAUUCUGCAUUUACUCCUACCAAAAGAGUUCCUACUUAUAAAGCAGUUUUUUGAUGCAUCAUAAUGAGACGUUUUAGUCCAAAGAUGACUUAUUGGAAAGGUACACAAAAGAUAUAUACAAUGCUAAUUUACUUCGGGGAUACCAUGAAUAAAGCAAUAAAGCAAUCAUGCUAUUUUUUGAAGGAAACAAAUUUUAAAAAUAAAAAAAAGAGUUGUGUGUAUAGUAGCCCAUAACCUUUAAUAAGAUCAUGUAUUACAUCAGGAGUAGGGCACAUUCUGUUUGGACUGGGAAGUAUUACGUGAUUUACAUAUUUUGCAUGGAUUUGAGAUUAUUUUCAUUUGUAGAUCAAACAAAAAAUGUACAAAAAUUGCUUGCCUUGUAGUACAUGUGGCUUUUGUAUUAAGAAAAAUAAGGUGCACCAUGCAUAUUGUAAAUAAUACAAUAUUAUACAUUAUUAGAUAAUAACAUUGACUAUUACAAUCCUAGCAUCGAACAAAUCAUCUAUUUAUAUAAACCAGUAAAUGGCAAUUCAGAAAUGGCUAAAAUGAUUACAAAUGCAGUUUUUAUCGCAAAUUAAAUAUUUUGAAUACAAAUUUUGUGCAAUUAUGAAAUAUGACAUCUAUUUUGAUUAUAUAUUGUAUUUAUGUAUUGUGAUUUGGGGCAUUACUUCAACUUUAAAAGAAUAUGAAAUUACUGAACUACUCCAUAUUGUAUGUACUGUCUACUAUAAAUUUACCUUGACUCUUAAAUACAGAUACAUAUUUUUCAGGUUUCAUAAACUUAAACUGAUGAAGUGAUAAUGAUUAACGGGAAAUGAAAGUUUGAGAGGGAAAACAUUCAAAAUUAAUGGAUGAAUACAUUGUUUGACAAUUGUGUUCCGUUUGAAAGUUGUGUUCACUACAUUUGUGCUUUUGAGAAUCUGCAGUGUACAAACUGUUGUACACGUUUGCAGACAUUAAGAAAUCCGACUUAUAAAAAUAGUGUCUAACACUUGAACAAACCAGUGCUUCACCAGGAUCAAAUCACUUUUGGUGAGCAACAAAAUAAUUUCGUCCUUUUGAAAAAAGAAAGUUUGUACUCUUUUUCAUUUUUGCAUUGAUCUGCUCAGAUCUUUUUUAUACAUGAAAGAUAACCAAAAUUGCAAUUAUGAGGAAAAGAAAAAUAUUGUUUAUGACCAGGAUGUUUGCAAUAACAAAAGUGUUCAUUUUUGUCACUGAUCAAAACAAAUCCAGGUUGUAUCCAAUGAAAAUGUAGAUGAAAACUUGUGCUAUUUCAACACUUGUAGGCUUCCACUGGUAACACGGUUACAGUGUCCUCAGCAUUGCUAUGAUUGGAUGUUUGUAAGAGAAGUCUGUUUUGUUCAGUGAUACAAAGGAGAAAACACUGUUAUUCAUUCCAAACCUGAUCUCUAGACUUUUAUAGAAAUACUGGUGCCAGUAUUUAUAAAACUAUUUAGACUGUCCUAGUCUAAUAUUGAAAAUGAAUCUGUAUUAUUUAUUUGACUAUUUAACCUUUCCUACGUUGUGAUACUAUGUUGCUAAAUAAAGAAAAAGUUAAUGAAAA